CUGGGACCGGGACCGGGACCGGGACCGCUCGGCCAGGCACUGCCGGGAGCGGCCCGGCCAGGGCCAGCGGGGGCAGGGGGCGGUCCGGGGCUGCGUUCGUGGGGCGGGGGAUCCCUGCCGCGUUCUCUCGGGGCUCUGCGGGAAGGGCCGUGUCCCCGGGAGAGGGGCGGGAAGGACCGUCCCGCUCUGUACCGGGGCUCCCUGCCGUGUCCCGGGGCGGGGGCACGAGGGACUGGCUCCUCCGAGCGCCCCGUCCCGCAGCAGCGCGGCCAUGGCGAACCACCUGCGCUUCGUGGGCCGCACGGUGAUGGUGCAGAACGGGAACGUGGAGGCGGCGUACGGAGUCCUGAACAGGAUCCUGGCGCAGGACGGCGUGGUCGAUGCGGUGCGGCGCUCCCGGUACUACGAGAAGCCGUGCCGGGCGCGGCGGCGGCGCGCGUUCGAGGCGUGCCGGCGGGUGUACUGCGCCGAGAUGGCGCGCAGGAUCGCCUUCCUGGCGCGGAGCAGCCGGCAGGACCCGUGGCUGGGCUGCUGACGGGAGCAAUAAAGACCCUCUCGCUCUGA